AUGGCGAUAAGCUUAGUGAUGCGAAGUCGUCGUAUAUUGACUGUUGUUUAUUGUUUAUGGUUGCUUUGCUCUGGGACCGUUGCAAAAAUAUUACCUUCGAUUUUAUGGAAUCCAGAAAACCCUUGGUGAGUAUUUCAACAUCUUUGUCUAAGCAUUUCCUUUUACUGCGAUCGUUCCUUGUCACUGUUUUGCCGGUUGCUUUAAGGCGCGUUACGCUGUACUGGAGAUUUAUAAUGUAAGCUGAAGUUGAUCAACUAGCUUAUAUUCCACAGAAAAGCUUGGAAUUUCAUCACUUUUUAACGACUAGUAAAUUGUUUUUACGGUUACACUUAAAUCUUAUCUUUCCUUUGUUUUUGUCGUGUAAAUGAAAAUGGAUUCAUUGGCUCUAGUCUUAAGCAACAUACAUACUAAAGCUUACAUUCCUUGUAGGUUUAGUAGCUUCACGUGCGUGGAGUGAAACUCAUGAGUUGGCUUCCCUUAAAUUUUCAUCUACAUUAGUGGAAACGUUUUUGCUAUUUACUGUACUACUAUGUUUUAUUAGCAAACAACAUGUGAAUAAAAAUUGUUUGGAAACAAAUAAUAGUGGCAAAUUGCCCGAGUGCUUUCAAGACUGAGCGGAAUGUUUGCGUUUGUGCAUGUUCUAAAAGUAAACUCUUACAUGUAUUGAGCCUUAAGUAUUAAGCCAUAAAUUUUAUCACAUGAAUGUUGCUGAAAACAUAAAGUUUAAUUCUUGGUAAACAAUAAACUGUUGUUUAUUGUUUAAAGUUCUUGAGUGACAAGUUUUCUUGAAUCCCACGUUUUGUUUGUGUACAUUCAAUUGCAAAGAUACGAACUGAUGAGACAUGCUUUUGUAUUUUUCUCGUUUAGGUUUAGCCACCUUAACAACAAUGCAAGAAAGGUUUUGCCAUUUGACAAACUGUCAAUAAGGUGUCCGAACUUGAUGGACUAUCCCAUUGAAAGAGACAAUGUUUAUUCCAAAGACAAACUUUAUGAGAAUUUGUUUAUGGUUGAUAAAAAAGGUUUUGACAGCUGCAAUGCAACUUUGGGGCUCAAACUUUUAUCCUGUGAUAACCCUGAUGUGCCAAGUGGACAUGUAACAGUUGUGUUUCAGCCACAGAGUGCAAAUGAAAAUGACCCUAAAUUUGAGAAAGGAGAAGAAUACUACUUUAUAAGUAAGUGUUUGGCAGUCUUCAAUGGCCUGGUAGACAUAUUUCUUCAGGUCAAUAUAAUAUACAUGAACAAAUUUCUUGAAUCUGAUUGGCUUACAAGAGCAAUGGAUUUUUUAGUAAACACAAUGCAAAAUCAAUCAACAAAAUAUGAUGCAAAAAGGAAAAUUAAUAAAGCAAACAUCUCAGAGAAUAGAGCACUGUGAUUGGCUAAUAAACAAUAGGAAUACACUGUAAGAACCAAUCAGGUGCCGCAAUCUUUAUUGGCCACUUUAAGGUUGUGUGGGACACUGGGUUGGUUUGUGAUGAUUUGUGAGAACGUGUUUUGGGGAUCAAAUUUUUUAUGUAUACAGUUGUUAAGGGUAAUCAUACAACAAUUUAUUUGCAUUCCUGUGUUUUCCAAAAAGCUCAAAUUUAUGGGCUCGUGCGAUUUUGGGCUUUGACCUUUUGACAGUUAUUAGGUGAUGAUAGUAUGUGUAUGAAAAUGAUACAAUUUCCUGUUUAUGGUUAGAUUUCAACCUUAAAAUAAAAUACAAUGACACUGUAAUCAAAGAGAAGAAAAGGGACAGUGUUUUUACGUGCAGCAUUGCAUUGCUGUUUGUUUUAUUUCAAAUAAUACUGUACUGUGUAUGUGACUGACAAAUACAAUAUUUAGUAUUGCUUCUGAUAAAAUAUCAAAACAAUUAAAACUGUCAGUAGAGUCUUAAAAGUGAUAUUAUUAAGGUGACCCUGAUGAAUUGGAACCUUCUCAAAUGUUGACACUUUGCUGUGACCCUUCCAUGUCCAAACGGAUGCAUCUGUAAUGACUACAUGUAACAUCUUGAUUAUGUAAUUUAUUAAAUUAAAAUAAGCAGAAUUUUACAUAUAGAACACAGUGAUCACUGUAACUCAGUCAGUUUAAAAUAUGAACUGUUUCAUCUCAUUUACAGAUACAGCAUCUGGAUUAAUUACCUCAUUAACAAACUUGGAAGGCGGACGUUGCAAAGACAACCAGAUGAAAAUGAAAAUUUAUGUGUGCAAGGAGGGGAAUGACCCUAAGUGCCCACAUGGAAAUAAAGGUAAAUUGUAGUUGCUUGCAAGUUGAAUUUUUCAGUGGAAUAUUCAGCUUAUGUGUGUAAACAGUGUUAUAAAUUAAUAUGCACAAGCACACAAAGUAAAGAGGAGUUAAAAGAUUCAGAAUGUUAGUAUUAAAAAAAAUGUACUAAGAACUGCAUUUUGGGCAAGAUAUCUCCGGAAGAACUUCUCCCAUAUUCUUUUGUUGUUCUAAAUGAAAGCACUUGAUGGGGUUGGGCUUGUUGGGUCCCUAUAAAUGAAUCCUUUCUGCUCGUUGUGGCAUGGAAUAUUAAAACAAAAACAAUUAGCAAAAUAUCCAAAAAGUUAAGUUGUAUUGUUUUAUUCUUUUGUUUCUUUUCUCAGUAAUAAUAUUAUAAUCUGCCACGACUGUGCCAGUUGUUGCAGAAGGAAAUGGAUUUGUCGGGUUCUGAAACUUUGGCUGGUUUGGCUUUGAACCAAAUCAAUUCUUGCCAUGCUGGGUGUGGCUGGCUCAACCAUAAAAAUGAUGGGAGUGCUAGUUGACAAAAUUGUACAUAAUUAUGGGAUUUUAAUCUAAUGUUGGGUAUUUUUCCACUGUAGUUGUGCAUGGUGGUUGGUCUGACUGGAGUGAGUGUACAGGUGGCGGCCUUCAGAGUCGGAAAUGUAACAGUCCUUAUCCAGAGAAUGGUGGAUUACCUUGCAUUGGUGAUGCUGAAAGAGCCUGCACAACAAAAGCUUCUCAAGUGUUGGGCUGCAGGGGCAACUCAUGUGAGUAGCAAUUGCAAACUUUCAUGUAGGUACAGCAGCAGUACUUGUCUGUAGUAUAGAGGAUCAGGUGUUUAAUUUACUAGGAAAUUUAGAGAACCGUUAUAAACCCAUUACUUUGUAUUUCUGGCAUGUAUUGCAAGGAAAGUCGCCAAUCAGGUGUAAGAAAACUUAACUGCAAGCAUGAAGUCUGUCGAUAUGUUUUGAUCUUUUUUGACAAUUGUGGCCAAAACAAUCAGCAGUCCUGGAAUAUUUCAAUCAGGUGUUCACCGUGUUCUGAUCGAUUUUGACAGUAAUACCAAAGGUACAUUGUUAGUUAGUCAGAAUGCUCUGGUUGGACUAGCAUUUUUAGCCUAAAAUCACUAAUUAUAUGGGAUUGGCUUAAUGUAGGUUUUUGUAGUAAUAAGCUGGUUUUUGUUGGUCUGUUUUAAUCUCAAAAUUUUUUUUCUUUACUUUUUUACAUGUAGGUUCUACUGUUACAACUAAAGGAGAGCCAGGUACUUAUUCAUAUUAAUAAGGCUACAUAUCUUUGGUCCUUCAACUUACAAACGUAGAAUUCUCAGUGGUUAAGAUGUGCUCUGAGAAAAAUGGCAAAAUUAAUAGCUAGGUGUGGUUCAAAGAUCUGAGUUGUUUACAAUGAGCCUGGGAAUCCAGUAUCCUUAGUUACUUUCCAUUUUUGAAAGAGCCAGGAAAAGUUUCUUGUUGUUCAAAAGCAAAAACUAUUAGUUGCCUGAGGCCAGCAGUUAUGACUGCUAGAAGACAGCCCUGCUUGAUGCUUUGAAUAAUGAUUUCAUACGUAUUUUCAUAUUAUUCUUACUAGUACAGUCUGUAAUCCUUAAGUUGGUGGCUAAAACUGUUUUUUUUUUCUUCUUUGCUCCACCAGAAUUCCCUUCCAAAGAAAGCAGAACAGGAGGUAUGCAUUUGUUUAUGUAAAUAAAUGAAUAAAAAAAAAUCACCAGGCGUAUAUUAUUAAUAAUGGUUUGUUAAGCAUUGGACAAGAUAAAACUGAUGAUAAUAAUUUAAAUUUUACAUUUAAGAGUCUGUUUAUUGAGGUGAUUGUAUUGUGAGAUCUUGCUGAGGUCACAGGUGUUGUCUAGAUAACAUAAUAAAAUAUUUGUUUGUUGAUUUUUGUGUAAACGGUUGCCGAGCAAGUAGCCCAGAGUAGUGAGUUUUCCUUGUAAAAUGUGUGUGAUUGGCAAUUUCUACCUGCAAGCAAAGGUGAGUUUGACAGGUGAGUUGAACUCAGGGCACUGUGCUCAACAAGCCAGUCACUCAUCAUUAAACUACUCAGCUGGGUGAAGCUAUGAGAGGCUUAUUAGUACAAUUUUUAAUGUUAUGCUUGAAGAUAACAACAACACUAUCAACAGCGCAAUGUAAAUGUUAGAAGUUUGCAGGUAGGCUGCAAGUGCCUAUUCAAUUGACCUUCAUCUCGUUCUUCCUUAGACAAUUUGACUGGAGAUGACCUGCUGAUUAACAAAGGCUUUUUUGCUGGAAUAUGUCUCAUUAUAUUGGUGGUUGGGCUGCUAGUUGGUGGAGGAGUAACCAUGCUGCUAUGCAGAAUGCAGAGAAAGAAGCCCCAAAAAGCUAGUAAGUACCAAACACUGACAUCCAUUCUUAAACAAGGUGCAAAGAAAGUCAGUUUUACAGCUUGCCAUUCGGGAAAGCUAUAGCCAGCAUGUACUAGCACAACAGUCAUUUCAACUAGCCAAAAAAAAUUUUUGAUGAGCAGGAUUGAACACAGUUCUUCUGUAAUUUGAAUUCCCUAAAACAACUUUUCUUGCCUAACAGGCAAGUUCAGAACAGAAUUCACUAGCCUGAUAGCAAAAUCCACUAUCUAUGAGCUAUUGGACACGAUUUCCUUGGCAGGCUGUUACUCUGAGUAAGGUACCUAUGAUUAACUUUCGUCAAUCGGAGUUAAAAAGAGAUCACAUUUACAACAUAAAGAAGUCACUACGUUAAGAUCUCUUCGAGUUCAUUUUCAAGGGCAAAUAACAAAAAAAUAAUUUCUUUAUAUUUUGUUCUCAAACUUGAAAAUCACCUCAUAGAGGUCAGAAUGUUGUGAUUUGUGAAUGUUAACUUUUAUUGCAAAAAUUACUCAUCCAUGUACACCAUGAUCUUCAAAUAGCUCAUUUUUAAACAAAAGUACAGCUGUACAUACCUGUAAUCAUGACAAUAAAGAACCUGCAUUGAAAUUUUCGUGAAAAAUUUUCAAGUUUCGAAAUUAAAUGAGACUUUAAAUUACAACUAUAUUGUACUAUGGCUGUGAAAGGUUUGAACCCAGGAGUCAUUUUAGAAGGUUGAGUUUGAUCGUUCGGGUGAACGUAGUCCUGACGUCCUUGGGGUUUGUUUGUCACGCAUUCAUGGGGGAGAAAUGAAUGUGUGACAAACGAACCCCAAAGGACAUCUGCGGGGAGGCUAGAAUAGGACUGUUGUUGUUGACAGUGACUGACGUUUCAACAACCUGUGUGGUAAGCCUGUCAGUUAAGCCAUCAUGGCUUAACUGACAGACGACCAAUAACAUCGCGACAUAAUUGACCAAUCAAAUCAAUAACCAGAGUAUAAUACCAUCAACUGACGUGAUACAACUCACUUUGACUCUGAAGAUAACUACCGCACAGGUUGUCGAAACGUCAGUCACUGUCAGCAACAACAGUCCUAUUCAGGACUACGUUCACCCGGACGAUCAAACUCAACCUUUUUUUAUAUUGUACUAUGUAUAAAUAAAAUAACUUUUACUUUUCUUGAGAUAGCUUAUUUGAAAAUAACAUUAAUUUUAAUUGUCCCUCUCUUGUAGAUGUCAAGAUGACAAGGGUGCCUAGUGCAUUAUCAACAAACCGUCCUGUCUCAUCAUUUACAAAUGUUAGCAUGGGUUCUAAAAAUGUGGAAUGCGCAUAACACCAAAUACUCCAUGACUAGCAUGUUAGUGGAAUUAUCAACAAGUAGCAAGUAAGCCUUUAAAAAAAUGUUGGCUCACACUGGAUUGAGGUGAUGUCAGUGUAGACAGGUUUGCAAAGCAAUGAACUGACUUCACUGUACCUUAUUACUCAAGGUGGGAUAGAGAUGAAGAAAUCAGAGUUAGUUUUAAUACACGUACUUGGAAAUACAUCACUGUUCACAGACAAAUAGGUGGCGAGCUUCAACUCCCAUAGAACUGGUCCACAGUGAAUAAUAACGGCCUUUAUUUUCUAAGCACUCUGAUCUUUUGAUAUGUUAAAAUAUGUAUUUUAAUUUCUAGAUAUAUUUCUUGGUUCAAACUUUGAGUGGACAAGUACUUUUUUUGAUCUAUUUUGCCCCAGAGCAUGAGUGGAUUGAAAUGAAAUGUAGCUACACUUGUAGUGAAACAUCUGAGUGACUUAGUGAUUUCAAGGGUAAAUGUAUUUUGUUCCGAAAACAAAUUGAAUAAUGUAAGCAAAAGUAAUCAUGUGGGAUAAGUUUUGACAAAAAUAUUUUAUAAUCCCCUGAUCCGCAAACCUAUACAGUCAUGUACAUGUACAUUCUUUCACCUCCUUGUAAGUCUUUAGGACAGGAGGAAAUUAUUUUUUUUGCUAUUACCUACUAUUACUAUUUAUGCUAGUAUGGUAUCUUUAGUCUGAUUCCAAUCAUCAAAAUACCACCUCACACUUAAUAGCUUUUAUUUAAAUUUGUAAAAAUCAUCAAUGUCAUUCUGUCUCCAAUGCCUUCUUACAUCCUCUCUGCUUUAAGCUGCUGAGAACAUUAUUUAUCUAGUAAUUAAAGCUACAAAAUUGUAAACAAAUUGUGUCAUUAUAGCCACACUAGUACUGGACACGUUGUAUAAUAUUGAUUAUUUAAGGGUUACUUGCCCAACAUGGAAAAGAUUUUAUAUAAUUUAUUUUUGCUACCAAGUCUGUAUAUAUUCUGCAGUUUUUGUAUCACUGGUACUUGGAAUACAGUGUGAUGGGGCAUGAACAAUGUACAACAACAAUAAAUUAUUAGUUAAAAGAGCUUAAGUAAGCCGAAGCUACCUCUUACAGGAAAAAUGGAAUCAAUCUUACAGUUGCUUAACUGUUGCUGUAAUAAAACAUUUUAUCAAAUGAUAUGAAAGCUGUGAUAUUUUUUGUUCUUCAUACAUUUCUCUCUAAGGGCUAAUAAAAGUCAGUGAGUAGCACGUUAUUUGUCUUAGAGAUACAGAGUAAUAAGAGUGAGAGAAACUGGCCAGCACAGAAAAAAAUAGCCAUUUAAAAUUCCAAGCCAUGUGCUGCCAUGCAAUAUUCACAACCAUCUGUGGGAAGUAUUUUUCAGAUUUAAUUCCAGCUGCACCAGAACCCCACCACUGUGCUCAAACCUUCCUGACAGGAGGCCUUUUUUUGAGGCGAUGGGUGUGGGAGGGGUAGAGUAUUUCCCUUGUCAGAAUUUCGAAUUUCUGUCGUUUCAUGUAUUGAGCAGUAAGCCAUGUUCCUGUCAGCUGUUGGUAUUUAAUGCAUCCUUAUGUUGUUUGUCACCAUUUCACCUUUUCUUAUGUCGCUUUUUCAAGGCCAUGUUGCUU